UAUCUUCCAGAGUGAUGUAGGGAUCAUUCGGAUACCUAGCCCGGUACUUCCUCAAGAACCCGCCCUCAAAGUCGGCCAGAACUCCGUCCAUGUCAACCAGAAUCCGUAGUCUCUUACCGGCCGGAGAGUGGAACAUCAUGUUCAUCGAGUCACGGAGGAAAUCGUGUCCUCUUCCUCGUAGACGGCUUGUGGUCGACAAGAACAUUGUGAACUUGGGGUGGCACUGGUGGUGCCAGUUAACUCGCUCCACAAAAAGACGUGUUUUUCCUUCUCCACGAACGUUACAUGGAUUUUGUUCGUCUUCUGUUGACGUUUUGUGUCACUGUGAACGUUUUCAUUCGCGCCGCUCCAGUGCUAACUUGACGUUAGCUUUGAAGCUAAUUGCUAGCUAACAGCUAGCUGAGUGUACUGUAGAGGACAGGUCAAAUGUAACGGGUUUUUCACCAUAGUGUACUGGGACAUGUUAGAGCCAUUUGUUGGCGUGUAUUUUAAAGCUCAUUUCUAAAUCAGGCAACCUUUGGAAAAAAAAUGUUAUUUCUAGAGGAAAAGCAGAUGUUAGAAUACAAUACUACAGUGGUCCUAAAGGCCAGAUGACUCAGCUUUGCGAGUUGAUCAACAAGAGUGGGGAGCUGCUGGCCAAGAACCUGUCCCACCUGGACACAGUGCUGGGGGCGUUGGACAUUCAGGAGCACUCCCUCGGUGUCCUGGCUGUGCUAUUUGUGAAGUUCUCCAUGCCUAACAUCCCUGACUUUGAGACGCUCUUUUCCCAAGUCCAGCUCUUCAUCAGUACCUGCAAUGGCGAGCACAUUAGAUAUGCAACAGACACUUUUGCUGGUCUCUGCCACCAGUUGACAAACGCCCUUGUUGAACGGAAACAGCCAUUGAGAGGCGUGGUCAUACUAAAACAGGCAAUAGACAAAAUGCAGAUGAACACAAACCAACUUACCUCAGUUCAUGCAGACUUGUGCCAGCUGUGCUUGUUAGCAAAGUGUUUCAAGCCCGCCCUGCCCUUCUUGGAGCUGGACAUGAUGGACAUCUGUAAGGAGAACGGAGCUUAUGACGCAAAGCACUUUUUAUGUUACUACUACUAUGGUGGCAUGAUCUACAUGGGCCUCAAAAACUUCGAUAGAGCACUGUAUUUUUAUGAACAGGCAAUAACCACUCCAGCCAUGGCAGUGAGCCACAUCAUGUUGGAGGCUUAUAAGAAAUACAUCCUGGUCUCUCUCAUUCUCCAUGGCAAAGUGCAGCAGCUGCCCAAAUACACCUCACAAAUCGUAGGAAGGUUUAUCAAGCCCCUGAGCAACGCGUACCAUGAGCUGGCUCAAGUUUACACCACCAACAACCCGGCCGAAUUGUGCAACACAGUCAACAAACACAGCGAGACUUUCACGCGAGACAACAACACAGGCUUGGUCAAACAGUGCCUCUCCUCCCUCUACAAAAAGAACAUCCAGAGGCUAACAAAGACUUUUCUGACGCUGUCUUUGCAAGACAUGGCGAGUCGAGUACAGCUCUCAGGCCCUCAGGAGGCAGAGAAAUAUGUCUUACACAUGAUUGAAGACGGUGAGAUCUACGCUAGCAUUAACCAAAAGGAUGGCAUGGUGUGCUUCCAUGACAACCCAGAAAAAUACAACAAUCCAGCGAUGCUCCACAAAAUUGACCAAGAGAUGUUGAAAUGUAUAGAACUGGAUGAGAAACUAAAGUCUAUGGAUCAAGAAAUCACAGUAAACCCACAAUUUGUGCAGAAGAGUAUGGGAUCGCAGGAGGAUGAUGUUGGCAGCAAAACAUCAAGUUAUUCUUGAGGGGCCUCAGACUGCUUUAGAAGGCUGCAGCGUCCCCAGCACAUUCUUCCGUGGAUGCGUUGGAUUUUUUUUAAAAGAGGAAAACACAUAUUCUAUUGCAUAAGGACAUUGGUUAAGGAAAAUGGAAUUGUGUGGAAUGAAGUUGAAUUUGGCUAUUGUUGCUUCACACAAGGAUAACAAGCGAUCUUACAAAAAGAGUCCGAUUUUGUCAGUGUUUUAUUUAUCAAUUUAUCAGGGUGGAGUGACACUGCUACGUUAUCACAAAACACAGUAAUAAAGAAAACUGGACGUAUUUGCUCCAAGCAUAUUUUGUGAAUAAUCUCACCUUUUUGCUGCAUGAUGGCUGUACCUAGAAGGUAUUACAUACGAGGUAAUACAUAUAUGGCAGACAAGGAAUAAAACUUUAGUAUAAUCUACAUUUGUAAUGACUGCAAUGAUCGUUUCCCUCUUGUUCCUUUUGAUUAGAAUGUAGAUAUCACUAGCCAAUAUGUCCACCCGAACGUACCCUUGACCGAACUGGGUGAAAAAACGUCACAAUUUGGUGCACUGUUUUGUUUUAUGAAUUUUUUUUCUUUUCGUUUUUAGGUCAGAUCCACUAGAGGUCACUAGAGCACUGUACAGAAAAAUGUUGUGACAGCUUGUUAUUACAAGUGGCGAAGUCAACAGACAACCAAACUAUCUUGUCAUUUGGGGGGCUGUGCGAUUGUGGAUCUGUAAUAAAUUGUUUAAGAAUGUGUC